AAACGCCGCUAUGAGAUAAGUUUUCAUUGGAUGAAAUUUCGGAAGCUCAAAAUAUAAUCCAAUCCUUUUCAUCGUAACAAGUUGUUGUAGUAUGUUGUGAAAAUGCCACAAUCGUUGUACGUGUUGUUUGAACAUGCCUCUGGGUAUGGUUUGUUCCGAGUCAAAGAAUUUGAGGAGGUGGCAACCUUUAUCCCAGAGGUGGAGAAGAGCACAAAUGAUGUCAGCAAAUUCCAGUCGCUCGUCAAGCUGCUGGCUUUUUCACCUUUCAAAAGUGGAACAAAUGCCUUGGAUAACAUGAACAGCAUCUCAGAAGGUCUCCUUCAUGAUGAUCUGCAAGUUUUUCUGGAGUCUAAUGUUCCUAAAGGAGGAAAGAAAGACAAAGUGGUAGUAGGAGUGUCCGACGCUAAAAUUGGCGCCGCCAUUACUGAGGAACUAGGAAUCAAAUGCAGUCAUAUUGGGGUAGUACCAGAGGUAAUCAGAGGUAUCAGACUUCAUUUUCCUAACAUGGUUAAAGGACUGACGGAGGUUUCAUCUGCUAAAGCUCAGCUAGGUCUGGGUCAUAGCUACUCCAGGGCUAAAGUAAAGUUCAAUGUCAACAGGGCAGACAACAUGAUCAUCCAAAGCAUCAGCUUAAUUGACCAACUGGACAAAAACAUCAACACUUUCUCCAUGAGGAUUAGAGAGUGGUACUCCUAUCAUUUCCCAGAACUGGUGAAGAUUAUCUCAGACAACUAUUUGUAUGCUAAGGUGGUCAAGUUGAUUGGAAACAGGAAGGCUUUUACAGAAGAGUCCAUGGAACAGUUGGAAGAGCUGGUCAUGGACAGUGGCAAGGCCCAGGCCAUUCUGGACGCGAGCCGCUCAUCUAUGGGAAUGGACAUUUCUCCGAUCGAUCUGAUGAACAUCGAGGCGUUCACCUCCAAGGUGAUUUCACUGACAGAGUACAGGAAAGGUUUGGCCGACUAUCUCAGGAGUAAGAUGAAGCAGGUGGCUCCUAAUCUAGGAACACUCAUUGGGGACCAGGUUGGAGCCCGUUUAAUUGCUCAUGCAGGCAGCCUGACAAAUCUAGCUAAAUACCCAGCAUCCACUGUACAGAUUCUUGGAGCAGAGAAAGCUCUGUUCAGGGCUAUCAAAACAAAGGGAAAUACUCCCAAAUAUGGGCUUAUCUUUCACUCCACAUUCAUUGGUCGGGCUGGAGCCAAAAACAAGGGAAGGAUAUCUAGAUACCUAGCCAACAAGUGUUCCAUUGCCUCUCGUAUUGACUGCUUCUCAGAAAUUCCAACACAAGUGUUUGGAGACCAUCUUAAACAACAAGUGGAGGACCGUCUGAAAUUCCUCGACACUGGGGAAGUACCACAAAAAAAUAUUGAUGUGAUGAAGGAGGCAGUGCAAGAGGCAACUGUUGUUCAAGCCAAAGUGGCCAAGAAAGAGAAAAAGAAGAAGAAGAAAGAAAAGAGAAUGUCCUCUGCCAAUGAUGAUACCCUGGAUACUACACAGGAAGCAGACACCACUCAAGAAAUGGAUGUCUCACAGACAGAGGAGCCAAAGAAGAAGAAGAAGAAAAAAGCGAAGAGAAAGUCAGAGGGAGAGGGUAUGGACACCACCCAGGAGAUGGAUACCACCCAGGAAGAGGAGCCUCCCAAGAAGAAGAAGAAGAAGACUAAGGUGGAGGCUGAGGAGGUUGAUGAACCUGAAGAAGACCUGUCAAAGAAGAAGAAAAAGAAGAAGAAGAAUAAGGAAUAAUGGUUGAAGGGGAAUGCAAAAUUCUAUGGAAAUUUGUCACAUACCAUAAGAAUUCAUUCCAGCAUGUACUAGUAUUUCAUUUAUAUCAAAUUUUAUUGUAAAUAAGUGAACAGCUGGAAUCAAUUUUCAGUUUAUUGCACAUCACUUUACAUAAACAUGAAAAUAUCUUCUUUUAAAAUGCUGGAAUGAAAAACAGAUCCAUAUAUUGCAUAUAAAAUAGUAAUGUUUUAAUAAAACUGAUAGAAAAUCA